UCACCAUUGGCGGUGCUGAUUUCUAGGGUUUGGCGUGCGCUGGCAUGGCACCGUCCAGCGAGAGGACGCCAUUGCUAGAGCAGCAGCAGCAGCAAUUGAAUGGUGCUCCAUCGGGGGCGAAGGCUGCUCGUGCUCGAUCAGACCUUGAGAGCGGGGAUGUCCAGGCAGAGAAUGUGGGGUUUGGGCGAAUCCUUCGACUGGCUCGGCCAGAGUCGGGGAUGCUGGCGCUCGCAACGUUUUCUCUCGUGAUUUCCUCGCUAUCAAAUAUUUUGCUGCCAAAAUUUGCAGGGAACAUCAUCGACAUUGUUACGCAGCACCCUGGCACUCCACAAGGACGCGCCGAAGCGCUGCACGAAGUCCAUGGGAUUAUCAUAGAAAUCGUCGUUAUAAUUCUCGUCGGCACAGCCGCAACAAUGCUGAGAUCUUACUUGUUCACCGCUGCAAGCGAGCGAGUUGUCGCUCGUUUGCGGAAGAACUUGUUCUCGCAUCUCCUCUCGCAGGAAAUUGCCUUCUUUGACGUGACAAGAACAGGAGAGCUCUUGAGUAGGCUCUCUGAAGACACUCAGAUAAUAAAAAACGCCGCCACCGUCAACUUAUCGGAGGGUCUACGAAGUUUAGGGACGUCACUGGUUGGCCUUGGAUUCAUGUUUGAGACGUCGUGGCGCCUUACCCUGCUGGCGCUGGCGAUUGUUCCAGCGAUUUCUUUCGGCGUCAGGGCAUUCGGCCGCUACGUUAGAGAGCUCUCGCACAAAACGCAGGCGGCAGCUGCGGCUGCGGGCGCUAUAGCAGAGGAGGCGUUUGGAGCGGUGAGGACCGUUAGAUCCUUUGCUCAAGAGAGCUACGAGUGCGCUCGUUAUGGCGAGAAAGUGGACUACACGUUAAAGCUUGGAAUUAGACGAGCCCUGGUUGGAGGAAUUUUUGCCGGAACAGUUUCUGGUGCGUCUACACUUUCAAUUGUUGCUGUUGUUGUGUAUGGUGCAAACUUAACUCUGCACGAUAAAAUGACGACGGGAUCACUCACGGCGUUUAUACUCUACAGCCUCACCGUUGGAAUGUCACUAGCUUCUUUGUCCGGGCUCUACACUACUGCCAUGAAAGCCGCAGGAGCUAGCAGGCGUGUUUUUCAGCUUUUAGACCGUGUGUCAACAAUGCCCAAGUCCGGGAAUACUUGUCCUAUGAGUGAUUCCGAGGGAGAAGUUCAGCUGGUGGAUGUUUGGUUUGCGUAUCCAUCCCGUCCAAAAGAUUGGGUUCUUCAGGGCGUGAACCUUUGUUUGAAACCGGGAGCAAAAGUUGCUUUAGUUGGGCCAAGCGGUGGUGGGAAGACUACUAUUGCUAACUUAGUAGAGAGAUUUUACGAUCCCCAGAAGGGAAAAGUUCUUUUCAACGGGGUGCCGUUGCCUGAAAUAAGUCACCGGCAUUUGCAUAGAAAGGUGAGUAUUGUAAGCCAAGAGCCGGUGCUCUUUAAUUGCACCAUUGCCGAAAACAUAUGCUAUGGGCUGGACGAGAUCUCUCCUUCCGAGGAAAUUCAAAGAGUAUCUAUGAUGGCCAAUGCUCACGAGUUCAUCUGCAAAUUCCCGGAGGGUUACGACACUCACGUUGGAGAACGAGGCGUACGACUCUCGGGAGGGCAGAAGCAGCGUAUUGCCAUCGCAAGAGCAUUGCUGAUGGAUCCAAGAGUCCUUCUUUUGGACGAGGCAACGAGUGCACUUGAUGCGGAGAGUGAGUUCCUAGUACAGGAUGCGAUGGAUCGUUUGAUGAAAGGACGAACUGUCCUCGUGAUCGCACACCGCUUGUCAACUGUCAAGAGCGCUGACACCGUAGCAGUAGUCACUGAUGGGAAGAUUGUGGAGAGCGGAACUCACGACACCUUGCUCGAGAGAAACGGGAUCUACGCGGCACUAGUCAGGAGACAACUCCAGGGAUCACAGAGAGAGCUUUCGCCGGACUUGGGAAAUGGCAUAUAGUCAGGGGAAGUUUUUAGCCUCUACUACGAGUAUAAGUUCCCUCUCUCGAAACAGCUCUCGGCGGUACGACUUCUCAUUGCUGUUUUUGGAUGCAGUGAUAGGAUCCAGUCUCGGUUGGAUCAAAUCACUCGAGACAAAGUUUUCUCCCCACGAAUUUAGUAGAACUUUGACUUGCGAGCUUCGAUCGAUCCAGCUUACUUACGAACAAUUCAAACAAACCAUUGUUUUGUUUUGUUUGUC